UCCUUUUGUUCCGUCAUUCAGUGAGUCCGUGUCCGUCGGGGCGGGUCGUCACUGCAAUCUAUCAUAUUACACUACUUAAUUUGUGUAUUUAAACUUUACUGUAGGGCGACCCGAUACCUAUCCCGACUAAGUACUUAAUUAAUCAGUCAAAAUGUUACACUUAAAAACCAUUGCAAAAUCGGUAGUUCCGCCUCUAAAAAAUACUAUUCAAAAUGAGGCAGUCAAUAAUUUGAUUCGAGUCACACCAGCAGCUGUGAACGUUUGUUGCCGUACCUAUGCCAGCCAUGAAAUUCCGGACAGGCUUAAAGAUAUACCGACAAGUGCGAAUCCCAAAUUCUUCGACAUGGUGGAAUAUUUUUUCCAUAGGGCCUGCCAAGUAGUAGAAGAUAAAUUAGUAGAAGAUAUGAAGUCUAGGGUUUCGGUCGAAGAGAAGAAAAAGAAGGUAGCCGGUAUCUUGAAGUUAAUGCAACCUUGUGACCAAAUUAUUGAAAUUCAGUUUCCACUAAGGCGUGAUUCUGGCGAUUAUGAAAUGAUCCUUGGUUACCGGGCGCAACACUCCUCACACAGGACACCUACUAAAGGAGGUAUUAGAUUCUCUACGGACGUGACUAGAGACGAAGUGAAAGCUCUUGCUGCGUUGAUGACUUUCAAGUGCGCCUGCGUGGAUGUACCGUUCGGUGGUGCUAAGGCUGGCAUCAAGAUCAACCCCAAAGAGUACUCGGAACAUGAAUUGGAGAAGAUUACACGACGCUUUGCACUUGAACUGGCCAAAAAAGGUUUCAUUGGGCCCGGUGUCGAUGUUCCCGCCCCCGAUAUGGGAACUGGAGAACGCGAGAUGUCAUGGAUUGCCGACACUUACGCCAAAACUAUUGGCUAUCAGGACAUCAAUGCGCAUGCUUGCGUCACAGGAAAACCCAUCAAUCAGGGAGGUAUUCAUGGCCGAGUAUCAGCGACUGGCAGAGGAGUAUUCCACGGUCUGGAAAACUUUAUCAACGAGGCUAACUACAUGAGUAUGAUUGGUACGACCCCUGGCUGGGGCGGCAAAACAUUCAUCGUGCAGGGCUUUGGCAACGUGGGCUUGCACACCUGCCGAUACUUGGUCCGCGCUGGCGCCACGUGCAUCGGCGUCAUUGAGCACGAUGGUGCUAUUUACAACCCAGACGGUAUCAACCCUAAGGCUUUGGAAGACUACAGGAUCGAGAAAGGUACGAUCGUUGGCUUCCCUGGAGCAAGCGCUUAUGAAGGCGAGAACAUGUUAUACGAAAAAUGCGACAUCCUCGUACCUGCUGCGGUUGAACAAGUCAUCCACAAAGAAAAUGCUCAUAAAAUUCAGGCUAAGAUCAUCGCGGAGGCCGCCAACGGCCCAACGACGCCGGCUGCCGACAAAAUCCUGAUUGACCGUAAUAUCCUCGUGAUCCCGGACCUGUACAUCAACGCUGGCGGUGUCACCGUCUCAUUCUUCGAAUGGCUCAAGAACCUUAAUCACGUCUCGUACGGACGUCUCACAUUCAAAUACGAACGCGAGUCCAACUAUCAUUUGCUGGAAUCCGUACAAGAAUCAUUAGAGAGACGUUUCGGUCGCGUCGGCGGUCGCAUCCCCGUUACACCCUCUGAGUCGUUCCAAAAAAGGAUCUCUGGUGCCUCCGAAAAAGACAUCGUCCACUCCGGUCUUGAUUAUACUAUGGAGAGGUCCGCAAGGGCCAUCAUGAAGACUGCCUUGAAGUUCAACUUAGGCCUAGAUCUGAGAACAGCCGCGUACGCGAACUCCAUAGAGAAGAUUGUGACUACAUACGCCGAUGCUGGCCUUGCGUUUUAAACACUCAUUAGUUAGAGUCCAAGUAUUGUCUGCAUUUUAAAGACUUCAUUUUAGUCCCUAUGCACAUAAGUGUUAUUUUUAAGACAUUAUAAUCACAGUAUUUUUGUUGGAAUCAUGGCCGUUUUUUACCUUAAUUUUAAGCAAAGAAUUGUUGUUCUGUCUAUGUAUUUGAUUUUCUAAAAUUGUAUCUCCUUAUAUAUUUGAAUAAAAUAUUGUUUACUGUUAAAA